UCAUUGCAUCUCGCCGAGCUAAUGGCGACCUAAGUAGCUGAGUUCCAUUCCACGUAGUGUCCAUCACCUCUCGCCACGGACUAUCGACACUAUCGAACUUGAACACAACACACACACACUUCCUCCUUCAGCCCACCCUCUCGUCGCAACGUCUCGGAGGCAAGGGCAAUCCACCCAGCAUCUGCACGUGAGCUGGUCGCGCAUGGCUCCAUCUCUUCGGUGGACUCCAACUUCCCAGCUCUAAUCUGCUAAUAAAUAAAGAUGAUGGUGAUGUUGAUGAUUAGCAAGCCCCACAUAUAAAUAAGUGUAAAUCUCCGGGCGUGUUCAAGCGACGUCCGCGGUGUUUGAUCGGAAAGGGAUGGCACCGAGGAGGGCGGACUGACCCGCGACCUCUUCCCCUGCCGCCACUUCUGCUACCCUCGCCGCCGCCGCCACCGCCGCCGCCGCCGCCAUGACCUUCAAGCAGACCAACAUCGAGGAGCUCUAUGACUUCUCCGAGGAGCUUGGGAGCGGGCAGUUCGCCAUCGUGCGCAAGUGCCGCGAGAAGAGCUCCGGCGUGGCGUACGCCGCCAAGUUCAUCAAGAAGCGGCGGUCACGCGCAAGCCGCCGCGGCGUGAGCGAGGAGGAGAUCCUGCGCGAGGUGGACAUCCUGCGCGAGAUCGCGCACCCCAACAUCGUCACGCUGCAUGACGUCUUCGAGAACCGCACCGAUGUCAUCCUGCUGCUUGAGCUCGUGUCUGGCGGUGAGCUGUUCGACUUCCUGGCGGAGAAGGAGUCGCUGACGGAGGAGGAGGCGCUGGACUUCCUGCGGCAGAUCCUGAGCGGCGUCGACUACCUGCACGGGCGCCACAUAGCACACUUUGACCUCAAGCCCGAGAACAUCAUGCUGCUGGACAAGAGCGAGCGACGGCCGCGCAUUAAGAUCAUCGACUUCGGACUGGCGCACAAGAUCGUGGACGGCAUGGAGUUCAAGAACAUCUUUGGCACGCCCGAGUUUGUCGCUCCUGAAAUCGUGAACUUUGAACCGCUGGGGCUGGAGGCCGACAUGUGGAGUAUUGGCGUAAUCACAUACAUUCUGCUGAGCGGCGCCUCUCCGUUCCUGGGCGACAGCAACGAGGAGACGCUCGCCAACAUCACAGCCAUGAACUACGACUUUGACGAGGAGUAUUUUGGCCAGACGAGCGAGCUGGCCAUCGACUUCAUCCGCAAGCUGCUCGUCAAGGACCCCAAGAAACGUCUUCUCAUCAAAGACACGAUCACCCACCAGUGGGUCAAGGGCAAGCAGCCGGCCCCGGCGCAGGCGGACCGCGACACCAGCAAGAAGGAGCGGCGCCGCCUCAAGCCGAGCCGCCUCAAGGAGUAUACGAUCAAGUCGCACUCGAGCAUGCACCCCAACAGCACCUACGUGGACUUUGAGAGGUUCACGCGGGUCGUGGAGGAGCUGGCCAGCAUGGAGGAGGGCCUGGGCGCGCUGCAGAAGGGCCGCCGGCGCCUGCGCGAGGAGCUGGGCGUGCUGCUGGCCGCGUGCAGCGAGACCGAGGUUCACCAGCGGCAGGCGGGCGAGGCGGCGCGCCAAGAGAUGUCGCGUGCCCGCUACGAGGCGCGCAAGGCGGACGAGGGCUGGCGCCACGCGCGCGACGAGACGCGGGCACUCGACGCGGCGAUCACGCACGUCGAGGGCCGCAUGGGCCGGCGCCAGGCGCAGCUGGAGGCGCUGGCGCAGGAGGUGGCAGCCGAGAUCACGUGGAUGCAGGAGGUGCUCGGCGAGGCGACUGCGGCGGCAGCGGCGGCGCCCCUGUCCAUCGUCGCCGGGAUCAACGGAGACUCGCACUGCUGAGACGCCGGGGACCGGGCCGCCGUGACGUCGCCGAGUUUGGUGUCGAUUUUAACUGGGGGGGGUUGGGGUGGGGGGUUUGUCCACCGUUUGCGGUGGGGCGCCGCAUGGUGGCUGACCGGCUCGGGCGAAGAGUCUCGCGUUUGGUGCGGUCGUCGGUGGGGAAAUGGCUGCUUGGGUGAUGGCUGUGGAUACAUUCGCAGCGGAGACAUCCACGGGGACCCUUUCACUCUUGAGACAUCAUAGACGUCUGUUUGUUUGUUGAACUUCUUUCGCACCGUACGUAGCCAAACGCGCUAAUCGGAGGUGCCGGGGAAGGACUGCAAACUUAAAACAACAUACUUGAUGGCAUCUUUCGUCCGCAUUUACUGUCGCACAUAUCGACUGAUGUGCUAUAUUGAAAUCUAAAGACCCUGUUACGAUAGCAUCAUAGGUUGUCUUGUUUGCUAUAGCAACAUCGGUAGAGCCAGUUACUGCAGUGAAGUCCAUGAAGGCCCAUUCACUAUGGUGAGGUUUGAGCACCCAUUUACCGCAGUGAAUCAAUUGGCGGCAUCAGACCUCUCUGCCAUCAGGACAUCAAUAUACCCAUUCGCUAUGACAUCAAUAGUGAACUGCUAAUCUGUUGAUCACUGUCGAUGUCGAGUAUCCAACAGAACCAUCAUAGCAACAUUCGUAGUCCAGCUUGGCAACAUCUUUAUAUCAGUUUACUAAUUGUGUCAUAUUUAGAAGCGUUUAAUGUGGUGAUGUUCAGAGAGCUGACAGCUAAAUGAUUUCGGAGCACUUUGGAAAUGGUUAAAUGGUCUUGUCUUUUAAGCCGCACUUUUAUCUUUUUACAUCUGCAGAGCCGUUUUCUCUCCCAGCGAGAGUGCCGGAGAGAAGGGGGGGGGGGAGUGCUGUUGGGCUGAUCUGGUGGCUAGUUUUGUACUUUGAGAAUCUGGAAUCUUUAUUUAUACUGCAGGAGGAAUCCGACGAGCCAAUGAAGCUCUUUUUAUCCACAGGUGGUCCUGUAUGGGCGGGUCGGCAAGUCACAACGGCAAACAAUACAACAACAACAAUGACAGGAGUGCAACAUCUAGAAAAUGCUAAGCAAGUCAUUUCGAUUUAAAGCUUUCGUGACUGCAGGGAUUCAUCUUCUUGGUUCUUUCGG